AAUCAAUUUUCAGAAAGUUUAAAGAGGAGAACAGAAAACAGUACAAGUACCAAAAACGGGAUUUAGGGUUAGGGUUUUUGAAGCUUGUAGCUCUUCACUUAAUUGGGUUCACAGCAAUGGAGGCUGUUGGAGAAAUCACCGAGGCUCUGAACAACGUUCACAUCAACAACUCGGAUUCACACAAGAAGAACCGAAUUCAGGUCUCAAACACCAAGAAGCCCCUUUUCUUCUACGUCAAUCUCGCCAAGAGGUAUAUGCAGCAGUACAAUGAGGUGGAACUAUCUGCCUUGGGAAUGGCUAUUGCCACAGUUGUUACAAUUGCAGAAAUUCUCAAAAACAAUGGGCUGGCUGUUGAGAAAAAAAUCAUGACAUCAACUGUUGACAUAAAGGAUGAUUCUAGAGGGAGACCAGUCCAAAAAGCCAAGAUUGAGAUAUUGCUUGGGAAGACAGCAAAUUUCGAUGACUUGAUGGCUGCAGCUGCUGAGGAGAGGGAAAUUGCAGUAGCAGAGGCCGAGGAGCAAAGCUAAAAGAAUUUCCUUGUUCAGUUAUUUGAGGUUUUGAGGCUUCUAUUGCACCAUGUUUGGCUUGAAUUAUGUACUCGAAAAACUGGUUAUGGAAAUAAAUUUUGCUUAAAUAUAAUUUUGAAUCGUAGAAAAUGUAUGAAAAAAGUCAAGAAACACAUUUGUUGUAUGCAUGUAACUUUCUUUUUGGUCCGUAUGUUCUGCAUAUAACAACUAAUAGAAGAUGUCAACAGAUUGCCCUCUA